AUGGACAUCCAUCUCUCCAGAAUACCCUACACAGCCACCGUGUAUGAUGUGCGCAGGGCAAUUGCGAACGUUCUGCAUAGUGACGAGUUCCAGCAACCUGACCCUCACGCCCGCGCUAUCAACUUCAAAGUUGUCUUGGACAUGGACGAAAGCCGUGGUGUACAGAACAAAGGGACGGGAACUCUAACUCUGCCCAAAUUAAAAACCUACGAUCUCCACAGCCGGCUUUUUCAAUGGCUUUCUGCUCACAAGUACUCAAUUCCCAUCGAGAAGGGUGCAAUCUACCUCCGCCGUUCUGAACGUGUGGCAUCUCGCAAGAUCGUGAGUUAUUUAAGCAAGGCCAGAUACAUCGACCCGGCGUUGGAGGAACUACGCGAUUCCAAGGUAGAUGCACUGAGAGAACACAUUCGAGUAGAUAUAACUCAGCUAGGCAUGUUAUUCUAUCCAUUUGCGCCCGGUCCUCCUCGUCCCUCGUUCUCUGCGGAAUGGACAUAUCCUAUAAGGGGUGUAUCAGAGUCAUGGGUUGCAAUAGACUAUAAGAAGAAGAACGUUAGAAUCGAGCUCGAAGAUCCAAGCUCACGUCAGCUUGAUGCGUAUAUCGUAAUUGACUUUGCAGACGUCGAUCACGUUUGGAUUGAGUACGACGUUGGCCAUCCAUUCGCGUGUUUUUCUUUGAUUGGGAGGCCCAAAUUCGAGAAGCCGGCUAAUUAUGCGUUCUUCGAUGAUUCAGAGGGCCACUUCGGCGCUUAUGACGAGGACGUAGACCAGUAUUUGGAAAUUGAUGAGAUUGACCCGCAGGGCAACACCACGGACUACAAGAGCAAUUACACGGACCGUGGCUAUUUGAGGCGACGCGUCACAAUGCUUGAUGAAAUACAUCGUCGAGUUGCUCCAUUUACUACGCAUGUGCGCAUAUGCUUCCCGACCCAGGGCGAAUGGGAGCGCUUUGAUGAACAAUGCAAAGUAGCUGGCUUCCCUAUCCGCCGCCAGUCGUUGGAGGCCAUCAAUUUCGGCAUGUAUUCCGUGGAUAGGCUUCGUAAAGCUCGUGCCUGGAUGCAAGUAUUUGAUCGAGAUUGGCCAUUUGCCUUUCAGCUAACAGCUCUGCUUUACAAUGGAUCACUGAAUACUGAAGAACUCAGUGCUUUGCGGCCUGAUAUUGAAAAAUUGCAUCGUGAACAGGCAUCUAUUGCAGCAAGUGUGUUACAGGACUUCAAAGGCGCCCCUGUGUCUCCGAACAUUCGCACUAUCGUGGACCAUAGACGAUACCUUGCUCGUAUCAUUGGGGAAAGGACAAUGUCUCUCGGCCAGCAACGCUCUGAUAAGAAUAUAUUCACGUGUCAUCAUGUCACCUUUACUCCGACUCGCAUGAUUUUAGAAGGUCCCUCUCGACUGCAGUCCAAUAGCGUCGUUCGAGAGUAUUGGGAAAAUAGGGAUCGCUUCAUUCGCGUUGAUUUUGUGGAUGAAAACCGGUCCCAUUUUCGCCUCGAUCAAGAGGUAGACGGUGCCUCAUUUCUACAAGACCGCGUUGGCACCAUCCUGAAAGGCGGCUUCCAAAUCGCUAGCAGGGUGUUCGAAUUGCUGGGAUAUUCCAAUUCUUCCUUGGGCGACCAUGUUUUCUGGUUUGUUAAUCCGUUUGAACGGGUAUCACGGAACGCGAAUGGUCAAGAAGUCCGUGAAUUUAUUACCGCGGAGGAAAUCAGGCGCAGGCUAGGAGACCUCUCUGAGAUAGCCCUCCCAGCGAAAUAUGCUGCUCGCAUCGGUCAAGCAUUCACAUCGACGUACUUUUCUGUACAGGUUGUUGAGGACGAAUGGGAGGAGAUCGAGGAGAUUCUCGAGGACAGAGAUAACCCCAAAUCCCAUGUGGACGGCCUGGGUAGGAUCUCACAAGACUUGGCAAAUGCCAUUUGGGAGGGAAUGUGUGAGGAAGAGCCAGAACGCAGAGCAUAUGGGGUGAAACCCUCUGCUUUCCAAAUUAGAUUUAUUGGUUAUAAAGGCGUGGUUGCUGUGGACAGGCAGCUCAAAGGUCGGAAGCUUUGUUUGCGGCCCGAGAUGAGGAAAUUUAAACCCCAUCGAUGCGACGGAUGCCGUGCAAAGUUGUUCUGCGCUCACUUGAACAACCCUAUCCAGUCUCUCCACAUCGCAGAAGCAUUCCACGGGCCUAGGCGAGCCUAUCUGACACGUGAUCCCGUGACGAUCCUAGAAGAUCGGGAGGUCCGCGAUGAAGUCUUUGAGAACCUGCAAGACGAAGCUAAGAGAACAACGUACAUGGCGCGAGACUCUUCCGAAAAGUACUUAGAGCUCUUGCAGAGCCAUCACUUAGGGUUUCAGUAUCGUCUACCUUUCCUUUUACAGCGCCUCCUGGAUAUCGGCCUUGAUUGUGGAAGCCAAAUUCUAGCGGAGAACGUUCUCAAUGACCCAUUUUUUCUUGGACUGCGAGAAUACGGAAUCCAGCAUGUCCUGCGAGACUUGAAGACCCGCGCCAGAAUCCCUGUCCCAAAUUCAUAUUUGCUCGUGGGCGUCGCAGAUGAAGGGCCCGCUUAUACCAAGCAAGGUCAUUCUGUGUAUCAGCUGAAAAAUGGACAAAUAUUCGCAUGUGUCCAGGAAUCUCCAGAUGCGAAACCGAUUUGGCUGAAGGGGCUUUGUUUCAUAACCAGAAGCCCUACAGUUCAUCCGGGUGAUGUCCAGCGUGUGACUGCGAUAGGCAAGCCUGACGUACCCGAUGGCCAGAUAUGUCUCUUUGAGCAUAUGAAGAAUGUGGUUGUGUUACCAACAGUGGGCUGUCGAUCCUUGGCCUCUUGCCUCGGUGGUGGAGAUCUCGAUGGCGAUUUAUACUACGUCUUCCACUAUAGUCAACUUCUUCCAGUUUUACACGUUCCCCCGGCUGCCUAUCCAGAUGAGAAGCCUCCACCGCGACAGUUUACGUUCGAUGACGUGUGCGAUUUUAUCGUGGAGUAUAUGCAUUCAGAUGUAUUGGGUCUGCUUUCAGUUCGGAGAUUAGUUAUUGCUGACCAGUCCCAGGAGGGAAGUCUCGAUAAACGCUGCAUCGAGCUUGCAAGACUGUGCAGCGAUGCAGUGGACUACCCAAAGACCGGCAGAGCGGUCAACAGCCGCACUGCGCCCAAGAAGCUCCUACCAUACAGCCCGGACUGGCACGCCGACGAGGACAAUAUCAGCGAUCCGCUGGCCGACUGCUACCAGUCCGAUCGGGCACUCGGCAAGCUGUAUCGUCGCAUCAAGCUGAACCCGCUCCCGCCCUCCACGCGGAGCCCCGUGCUCGUGCCUUCCAUCGCAAUUGCGUCAACACCACUUUCAGACAACAUUUCCAUGAAGCUGCUGCCGCUGCUCGAGUCACGUCUUGGGCCCUUCGGGCAGCCUAGCUGCGAGGAUGUGCUGCCUCUGUUCCGGACGUACCUGUCCGAGCUUCGGUGCAUAGCGCUGAUGCACUCGCUUUCGCCGAAGCCGGGGACGUUCGUCUCGGAAGAGGAGGUCGUACUAGGCGUUAUCCUGGCCACGAAUGCCGAACGCCGGAUCAAAGGCGAUAGGACGUACCGGAUGCGCGAAGACGUCGGGCAACUUGCGUGGCAGACCCGCCAGGAGCUGCUCCCGGGAAAUCGGGACACCGUGUUUUCGCAGGUCGUGCUGAGCGGAGCGCUGCGCCGGGCCUGGCUGGCGUGGAGGAUAUCACGCGAGAACCGAGACAUCUUUGGUGCGGGCAGCUUUGGGCUGAUAGUACUCGGCGUGAUAUUCGAUGUUUUCGAUAGGUGGGUGAAGAAGUGA